AUGAUGCAGCAGUUACGAGAAGCAGGUAUCAGAACUCGGUGGCCACACCAGUCGUCGGGUAACUCUGCCGAGUCCAGCCCACGUAGCCUUGCCUCCCCCGACCCAACUUCAAUGGCUCGGAAGGCUUCGAAUCCCAAUAAAACUGGCGAACAGCAUAUCGACGCCCACUCUAAUCCGCACCCCGGUGAACCAUUCUUCACAAGCGAUAUCUACAAGGGGUAUAAAGGUGCACCGCUGCAAGGAAUUGCCGCUUCCCGCGGUCCAUACUUCGAACAUGUCAUGAGGUUGUCCGACGAAUGGCCGCGUCUACGCUACUUGAUAGAUUUCAUGCAAUGCUCUACGUCUCCUAAGCGGGCGUCACUUGUACCACUCAGUGACAUCCUGAGGCGGCAAAGCGUGGUGAAAGUUGGGGUGGUCAACUUCACGGAUCCCCACGCAAUCACAGUCCAGAAUUGUGGCAGCAUCAGCCAGCUCUUGGAUCAACUUGGAACGGAUCGCUGCACCAACAGUCAAGUACGUCGCUUGUUCGUUGUCGAGGACCUUUCGAGCCCGGUGAUCGAAGCACUAGGCUCGGCCUUUGACAUCGAUCCGAGGUUCUUUCGAGAUCAUAUCGAAGACCAUACUUGGUAUAAUAUUACAGAUGACUGGGUUGAGAUGCCGGAACUCCGGUCUCGCUUUCAAAACCGCUCUUUCAUGACGUUUCGGUACCUGGAGCCGCGCUUCUUCGACCAUGAGCACCAAGCAAAGUGUGCUAGAGAUAAGACCGCAACGUGGAAUGUCCUGAGACGCUUGGACUUCCAAGGCCAAGUCAAGUCCGGAACUACCGCCUGGUGGGAGUCUUCGCCGCAUCUGGUCGGUCUAUUGAGAAGAAAAAUAUCCAUCUGGACAAAGUCAGAGGGUCCGGGUUGGACCGGUGUGGUGCUAUUAGACCCUCAUCUGCCCGAGGGCUACCCGCUCUGGAACGGCUACGGCAGUCUCGAAAGCCCGCCUUCUAUGUCUUCGCCGGCUAUAGUACAUAACGCGAAAGGGCUGUCACCAUUCGACGCAUUACUGCGCCGUGUCACCACGAACUCAGCAGAAGAAUUGGAGCAGCUAGCCGAGGAUCCAGAAUCAAUAACCAGCAAGGUGUAUCCCUUCAUUUUCGGUGACACUCUCGUUACUUUGCAAUAUGCAUUCACUGGUCUCUUCCAGAUCGAGUGGGAACUCGAUGCUCAACGAAAACGCCGGCCAGAGAAUCUUGACCGAGCCCUUGACAGCUUGCACAAAUGGCAGUGCCGCCUGCCUUUUUUAGCGUCAUACCUCGCGGAUGGCGUUACAUGUUUCGAAGGCCGGUACGCGCUCGGAGUGAACAUUUAUUCCGACUCGCCCAGGCGUCAUGACUUGAGCCAGCUAGUCGUCUCGCCUGAUGGCAAGGGCAAGUGGCAAUCUGAUAUAUGGCGAGACUUCAUCUCCCUCCUGACCAAAGUCGACAGCCUGCAGUCAAGAGCCGAUAGGAUCAUGGGCUUAGCCAACGCGGUCAUGUCAGUGGAGGAGACCAGGAGGAUGCAGAUGGAGGGUCGAAACAUGAGCCGCAUUACAUACCUAGCCUUCGUUUUCGUGCCCAUGACUUUCGUCAGCAGCUUCCUGAGCAUGAACAACGAGUUGAGCAGUCGAAGCAUUUCUGUCUACGUCGUUUUCUUUUCUGUCGCGGCCCCCAUGACGUUGAUCGCCCUCGUUGUGGCUGCGAAUUGGAACGCUGUAUCGGUUUGGUGGGAAAGGCCCAAAGGUGUAAAGUAA